CACUGUCUUGGCAUUGGCACAACUGGGAGCUUCAUCAGCAUCACAACACCGUCCCAUCAUCGGCCUAGGUACAGUAGGAACACAAAACACGACGAACAUCCUCUCCUUUCGACGUCCCCGCCCUUCAAGCGAUUUGAGCGACUGCUCACCCUCCUGAGCGAUAUUCUCGACGAUUCACUCCGUUAUUGCGCACAUCCCCGCAGCGGCGAACAGUCGUGAAUGGCCGCCAUGGCUGGGGCCAGCGGCGACCAGGCUGAGCGCCUGCCCAUGCCGUCGCGGAACCCGCUGCCGCUCUCGGCGUCGCAGGAGGCCCAGGUCAGAGAUAUCUUUUACGCACGAGUCCGGAAACGGUGCGCACCUGAGAUUAAGGCCUUUGCCGACUGCGCAAUGGGCCGCACCUUCACCGCGCCCUUCGCCUGCCGCGAGACGCACCGCGUCAUGAACAGCUGCAUGAAGGCGCACGCCACGCAGGAGGAGCAGGAUGCUGCGCGGGAGGAGUGGUUUGCGCAGCGGCUGCAGCGCGCACGGGAGCGGGAGAGGAAGGCGCUACGAAAAGCCGAGCAGGAGGCGUUUCUGCGGGAGUGGUGGGGCUUGCCGGAGAAGGAUCGCGAGCUGGCGAGGAGGGAGAUGGAAAAGAUAAAGCGGGCGGAGAGGGUUGCGGGUGUUGCUAGGAGGGAUAAGGAUUAUAAUAAUGAGGGUAAUAAUAAGGGGGGCCAGGUGCGGGAGGAGGAGGGGGCAAGGUGAUACUGGUGGAUAAGCAGUGAGGGUGGGGUGUGCGGUGACAAGGAGGAGGGGCCGUUCGGAGAGCCGGUUGUAUGAAUUCUGGGUCUGAAGGCAAAACGGAGAGGCGCCGGCAAAGCGAGCGCCAGACGGGAUGCCGCGCAAGGCUGCAUGAUGAGCAGCAUUGGGAGCAAUGGGGCUGAGUGAGAUCCAAGGAAGGAACCGCAACGCUGUACAGUAUAACCACCCGAACAUAAGGAAGCCGAUAGAGGGAACAGGCAACCACUACGAUUCCCCUCCACCUACGGAAAGCAAGACAGCAUUUGCCAACUGGCUGGAC